UUGAAAUAGCUUCCUCAUCUUGAUGGCACUCCCCUUACUGACCCGGGUUGUGUGCAAAAGGAAGUCAACUGACGUGUACUGUAGGAUUCUUAUCAGUGACGGUACAGAUUAACAGCAGACGGAAAUAUACAAAAUCUUGUUCGACAUUGAAAGGAGACCAUCCUGUCCGUUUUCUACAAGAGCAGAGGCAACAAACAGAAACUCUAAACAGAAAGUUCACGCGCUACAGGAGGCAAGUUUGGACACGUUUUGUUUCCUGGGACGUCUGUUUACUCUGAGGAUCUGCCUGAGGAAGUCUGUCAUUGUGAGAGCUUUUAUAAGUUUGUUUGAGGACUUGUUAGUUGUAGGUAAACUUCAAGUGUGUCAAGUUUCACACUGGACACUCAGGACUCUCAGGACACUCAGCAUUGUCACUCUCUCACCACUAGAGGGCCCUGUAUGACAAUUUACAGGAAGUAUAGUUAUUGCUCUAAUAUCUAAAGAAGAAAUUAUGAUUCAAUUGGCCAAUAAUUAAGUCUUUCUUGUUUUAUUACAUAGGUGUGUUUUUUGUUUGUGUUUCAUAUCAAUUAGGUCUAAAGGUAGGAUAAUGCCCUUCAAAUUACAAGAGCUAAUAUAAUUAUAUUGUAGACAGAAAACACAGCAAUACACUUUCAAUUAACAAGUCAUACAAUUGUUUUAAAAACGGAUACAAGUGCGUAAAAAUUUGUAUCACUAAUUAUUGACAAGGUGUUGCCAACCUGAUCCGGUGACGUGAACAAGGAAGCUGCACCCAGGUAAAUAAAACCUGUCUGUCUGCUCUUUGUUAGGAACACCUUUGACUUGCAAAGUGUAAAGAAAGAGUAUAGUGUUGUGCUGUUAGAGAGCCGAUGAGUGUUCAGGACUCAACUUCAGGGGUAGCAACAUGCUGAAAAAACUCUUUCAAGUCCUGUGCUUCUUUGCUUUUUUCACUCUGGCAUGUUUUGUGGUGCUUCUAUACUUUAGAAACGACAGCACUUUAACUCAGUUUAGACAAUCGGACGAUAAAGUAAAGGUGAACAAGACAGUUCCUCAAUGGACCAAAGAACCAAAGAAUGGAUCCCUUAAUCUCACCAAAGAAAAGACAGUGAUGGCACCCACUCCAAGGAAGGGUUUGGAACCUUGCCCUGACACCCCCCCGCAUCUUGUGGGUCCCCUCUUGGUGGAGUUUAAUACCAAAAGAUCCUUGGAUGAUAUCAGAAAGGAGAUGGGUCCCGUUCUGAAGGAGGGAGGACGAUACAAGCCUCCAGACUGCAUCGCCCUGCAGAAGGUGGCCAUCAUCAUUGCAUUCAGAAAUCGGCACGAGCACCUGAAGCACUGGCUGUUUUAUCUCCAUCCCAUACUGAUACGACAGCAGUUGGACUACACAGUGUAUGUUAUCAACCAGGACGGAGAGGGAGUGUUCAACCGGGCUAAACUGAUGAAUGUCGGCUAUGUGGAAGCGCUGAAGGAAUAUGAUUAUGAUUGCUUUGUCUUCUCUGACAUAGAUUUGGUUCCCAUCGAUGACCGUAACCUCUAUAGAUGUUUUGAAAAUCCACGACACUUGGCCGUAGCUAUGGACAAGUUUAAUUUCAGGUUACCCUACAACACCUUCUUUGGCGGUGUUUCUUCAUUGUCCAAGAAGCAAUACUUGAAGAUCAAUGGCUUCCCAAACACCUACUGGGGCUGGGGGGGUGAGGACGAUGACAUCUACAAGAGAAUUGACUUCCGUGGGAUGUCCAUCUCUCGACCGGACUCUGUGUUGGGAAAGUACAGGAUGAUCAAACAUCAGAGAGACUUGCACAAUGAGGUUAAUCCAAAGAAUCCGGGUAAACUGAGCCAAACUCUUAGAAACAUGGAUAAAGAUGGGCUUAAUACCCUCAAAUACACAGUCAAGGAGAUUGUGAAGGAUCUUCUGUACACAUUUAUCACUGUGGAUAUUGACGCCCCACCAAGCUAAAGGAAGGAGGAACCUGCGAAACUGGAAAUGCUGUUGACUUCAGAAAUGUGCUAUUGUGUGUGUGUGUGUGUGUGUGUGUGUGUGUGUGUGUGUGUGUGUGUGUGUACAAUUUGCGUAUGACAAUCGUACUUUGAACAGAAAAAUGUGAAGGUAACAACAUGCAAUAGCCAGCAUUGUUAAAUGGCAUACUGACAGUGGAUUAAACUUUAAAUUAAAGUAAAUCGUUUUUUUAAGAAGUGUUGGACACAAUAUUACUAUUUUAUAUACUUAAUGGAGUAUUUGGUAUUGAUGUUACAAUGUGCUCAAUCAUAAUAGUUUACAAAUGGUAUCAGAAUAUAAUUGUUAUCGUCUUUUAUCAGGUAAAAUACAGUUUAUCAUAUACUUCCUCUUGCACAAAGUAAUGAUAAAAUAACCCACAUUAUACGUAACAUUACUAAUACUAAGUAAAUAAAAUGAUCAUGAUAUUGUUCGGUAAGAGUAAAAAACGAUUAACUUAACUUUAACUUACUACCAAUAUGACCUUUAUUAAUGAUGUCCACUGUCACCUAUUAUGUCUGUGUUGGCAAAUGAUCGGGUGAAGGGUCUUUUAUUCAUCAUUCAACACAAUACUUUGUAAAUGGGAUGAUUUUGUACUGAGACAUUUGUUUUAAUCAAACCAUUUAUUGUUUUUGUACUUCAGUUUGCUGUGUAGUUGCAUCCUGUGAAUACUUGAAAGUGUGAUGAAAUCAACAAUGGGUAAAUACAUGUUAUAGUGGUGGGGAUGAACAGAUUGAUUUAUCUUUAUAUUGGAAAGAUGGGUUUACUGCUUUUUAUGUAUGGCCUUUUGCAUGUGAUGAAUGUGCCUUUGUCUUGUGAACUCUAGCAAUGUUUUGGAAACUUUUAUAAAGAUUUUAAAAACAACUGUGAGGACAUUUGUGGCCACUGAGCUUGCUUGUGAACAUACAUUGAGCUUGCAAGCCUAAAGUUAUUAAACCCUGUUUCCUUAUUUUCAGCAGGCAUAGCAUCAUUCUUAAAAGAGAACAAUUCGUCCAACUAACAAUUUACAAAUUCCUACG